CAGGCACCCCAGAGAUCAUGAAAAUCACAGCCAAAGGUGAGUACAAGUAGGGUCGCAAGGCGGUAGGAGAGUGCCACUGUCUUGGGUUGUGUGAUAACAGAGACGGCCGUAACCAUAUUUGACUGCAACAAGCUCCGAGUUAUUAUUGGGCUUUGUCUGACCGGCGCGCGAAAUAAGGUACGAAAGUCGUCGUCACCUGCAACGAACGUCAGCCCCUACUUGUUGUUUCUUUGACACUUCCCUUGCCUCUUUCCUCUUUCUCCAAAUCCAUCGGCUCAAUUUACACUACACUGCAAAACCAUCCCACCUUCGACAUAACCAACAAAUCCACUAUUCUGACAAUCACCACAAUGCUCGGCCGCACAGUCGGCGCGCUCGCCGCCCUCUCAAUCGGCGCAAACGCCAUUCUUUUGCCGCCCGGCAUCAGCAAGAUCUCCGACUCACGAAGCGGCGCUCUCGGUCUCGCCCUCGACCCCAAAUCGCAGGCCGUCAAGGUCCACUGCUCUGGAUGCGCCUUCCCCUCGCCCCAACAGGAGUCGGUUCAGGAGAAGGGAGAUGAUGAUAUUGUCUGGAUCCAAGGCGGCUCUAAAGAUGUCAUCUUCAACUUCACCGUCGACGACAACAACAAGGACCUCUUGUUGAACGGUGUCAAGGUCUACCCCGUCGACACUUUCUCAUUCGCCGAGCCUACCGUUGGCCAGAUCCACUCAUCAGCUUCCCUGGCCGACAUCAAGAGCCACCCCGAACAAAUCACACCUCUGCGCGUCUCAUCGGCUGGCAUGCAGGUACACAAGGAGACCAUCUCCUCGGUCAACGACAUGCUGGUCAGCAUCAACUACCAGAUCAGCGAGCUGGAGUCACAAUCAAUGGCCGUUGAUGGCGUCGAUCUUAAGCUCCUCGAGGGUGCGGACGGUUCGCUGAUGAUCAUCUCGGUCGAUGCUGCUCCCAUGAAGCACAUGUUCGAUGUCAUCACUCCUCCUGGUUCGGCAUCCAAGGAGUGCAGCAUGCUUCCUGCCUCUCUCUGCAAGUGGAAGUCCGUCGUUGAGGACAAGAUCUCGGGCUUCAAGCCUGGCAUGCCCCACGCUUUUGGCGGCUGCGGCGGUCGUGGUGGACGUAAGCCUCCUCACAGACUCCCCGGUCACAUCAGACCUCACUUCGACAAGCCUGCUGAUGGCGAGGUUCGACCUCACCACCCCCACGGCCCUGGCGAUCACCCUCACCCUCACCCUCACCAUGGCCCUCACGGCAUGCACCGCGGACCUCACCACGGCCCCCACCACCACAGACAUCAUCACUUUUUUCCCGCUUUCGUUCACGCCUUUGUUGCUGUCCUGAUCCCCGUUAUGGCCGGUGUGACUAUGGGCAUGUUCGUCAGUCUUAUUGGCAUGCUUGUCGGCCGUCUGAUCUCCUUCAUGUGGAUCAAGUUUGGCCGUGGAGGCCAGCGUGGUUACGCCAGUGUUGCCCAGUCCGAACAAGACACCGAGAAUGCCGAGAAGGGUGUUGUCGUUGUCGAGGACAUCGCUGACGAGGAGCCCUUACCCAAGUACGAGGAUGCUCCCGCAUACGAUGAGAAGGAUCGCCAGUAGAUGUGUCCUUUGACCACGACCGCUCGCCUCUUGUCUUUCUACCCUCGCGAAUUUCUUAUCGCAAUUAUGUUAUCUCCUUUGUACUCUAACCAUUCACGCCGGGACGGCCGGCCCGCCUUUCACUUUAUCCCUACCAAGUCUUGCGUGUUUUUCUUACAUAGCUUUCCACUUGCCGCUAGAGGUUCCAAGGGCGUUGACGAUACAAAUUGAAACCCACCUGCAUACAUAACAAA